AUGCAAUCCACAAACCAAGACUACAAUGCGGAGGAACUUAUCCAGCUACUUCAGGAGGAUUCGGCCCUCGAAUCAAAUGGACCAGAAGACCGGCUUUCAACUAGAAGCCGUCGUGACCUCAAGUCACGGUACAACUCUCUAGUAGAAGAGAAUCCUCAAGUACCCCGAUUUCCAGAUCCGUUACAAUAUCUGCCUCCCGAAAUGUGGAUGCAUCUCCUACAACAGGUCGCUGAGGAUGACUGUGCCGAUAUUCUGCCAUUGACACUGGUAUGUCAACGAUGGUCUUCCAUCAUACUGUCGAUACCGCGACUAUGGACAUCUAUAUACAUUAGAGCAGACUUGGAUGCGUUGGAAGUGGCGCACUUGGCGUUAUUUCUGUCCAAGGGUCUACUUUUAUGUAUGACGGUUGAUGUUCCUAUAGCACCUGACGUGCAGAAAAUGAUUAUAGAGAGAGAGGUAACUCGAGUUAAGCACUUGAAGCUUAAAGUGCUUCCAGGGUAUUCUCCGGGCCAGAACUGGGAAUCUAAUGACCCGCUGGACAACUCGAUCGGGAGUUUUUUCAAAUAUUUGGGACCGCUACCUUCACUCGAGUCUCUUACCAUUGAUAUAGGUGAUAUAAGUUGCCCUGUGCUAUCCUCACCUCUCCGUUUCCUUGACGCGCCCAAUCUCAGGUAUUUGACACCUUCCUCAUCACCUGGGGACGUUUCAGAACUCUCCAGGUUCACUCGUCUACGAUAUUUGAGAACAAUUUCACCAAUGGAAACCGUAAUACCUGAGCUCGUCAAAUUGACUGAGCUCAAAGAUUUGGUUCUCUCUGGUUCUACAUUGAAGGAGCGAGGAAUGCCACCCAGAUUGUACACCGAGUCAUGCAAAAGUAUCGCCCCUCUGGAGAACUUACAAUCAUACUGGGAACCGUGGAUUUAUAUACAGCCGCUAUUAUUCUCAGUGAGGUCUAGUGUCCGUGUACUGGAACUCAAGAUAGGGUGGGAGCAAGUAUUCGAACUUCUUACCGCAAUUGAUGAAGCCCCUUUUUUACACCAACUCAGCAUCAAUGUCUAUAUCUCUGUCGACUCAUCUGGCAAAGUCGAGGACGCUGGGUGGAAGGCGCCUACUCUUCCUCAGAUACAUGAAUUUCGGUUAAAGGUAGUACAAGUACAUUCUGGUUCACAGAAAGCAACUAGACCUCGUAUCCUCUUGGAUGCCCUUGACGGCAGCUUGACCAAUGUUCGAAGGCUCUAUUUCUAUUUCGACGUCUUUGCCAGUGACCUAGUUCGGUUUCUCAAAGGUGUGGAGCAAUUGAAUACAUUGACCACCGAUGGUUCUGUGCAACAUGACCGAGCCAGAACAAUAUCUUGUCCCUCGUUGAAAAUUCUGACGACAAGGACUGAGCAAGUGUUACGCUACGUAAGCAUGCCUAACCUUAUCAGCCUCACCAUCUGGAACAGAUCCGAUCCGGACGAGCUAAUAACAGAUGUGCCCUAUCCAGAAAUCGAUCGCGGGUUUGUAACUAGUGUCCAAUCCCUACAUCUGGGACCCGAACUUGCAGAGAUUAUCGACUGGACUGACAUUAAAUUUACGCAGCUUGUCACACUCAAGUGGCUAAAUCGUGAUGGGUGGUAUUGUUAUCCCCGCUGCUCGUUUUCUUUCCUCACCAAAAUCAUUUUUGAUGAGAAAUAUGGGUCAGUAGGAGCAACCUAUUUCUUUCAAUUACUACUUCGGUAUCCUCGAACAGGUCCAAGUCUAGAAACGAUUGCCAUACACGGAUAUCCAGAAUGGGACGUGCUUUUAUACAUGCUCCUGAGGCGAAACAUCUAUCAUAAUAUCACACGGAUCACAAGUAUAGAACUUCCAGGGUAUCCAGCUCCUUAUAUAUUAGGGCCACUGAGCGCAUUACUACUGGGCAGGAUUCCCCUGGAGAUGCCUUCUCUCAAAGAGCUUUCGUUCAUUGACAUUCGCUUCAAUCUUGACAUGUGUGCAGACUGCGUACACUGUCGAUUGACGUGCAGUACACCCGUUCCUUUACACCAGAGAUCCCAUAUGCUCGCUCUCUACUCGGCUUUCAGGAAUGGUAUUACCAAUAUGAUGCCCCGCGGGUCUGACCCGCUUCUUCCCGGCCACCUCCAAGAUUGGUUUGACAGUUGGGAAGAAAGAGGGCAUGCAUGGACACAGGAAUUGAUCAAACGGAGGUAUCGGCGAGUUGCAGGUGUCGAAAUUGAUUCCAAAGAGAUGGAGUACCCUCUAUCACCGGCUGAUGACGACCACUUGGGCUAUGAGACCCCCAGCGAGAGCGACUGA